AUGCCACCCCGCAAAUCGAAGAAAAAGCAGACGCGACUUGCCUUUGCUGCUUCAGCCGCUUCGCCUUCGGCGGAUGCGAGUCCGGAGAGUAGCCGAUAUGCAACACUUACAUAUGAUCACCCAAGCUUGGGCACGUACCGUCCUCCAAAGUCUCUCAACAGCGAGUCGGGGACUUCGCCCGCGAGCAAACGUCCGAAGCUCCCCGCCAAGACGAGGUCUAAGGAUAAACCCACAAACGAACUGUUCGUAGAGAAAUCGAGCCAUGAAUCCUUAGACGAAACAAUCAUCCCCGCCUCCCAGAAGAGGAAGCAAGUCGCGCCACCCGACAACCUCGACCCGGUAAAUCUCGAUGACGCCCAAGAUUCGAAGAAUUCCCGCUCGCGAAAAUCACAACAAUCCUUGGAAUGCUCAAGGACAGAUAGCGAGAGCACAAAUGGUUCUGAUUCGGAGGAGCUUUCCCGGCCGCGCCGAUCACUCAAGCGAAGGGCCCCAAGCUCACCGAUUGACUCCAGCGACUCAGAUGAGCCAGUAGCCUCUUCGGCCCCCAACCGGCGUAGGUCUACCCGAGGUGGCCAUUCUUCAAGCUCGCCUGUUAUACUCAGCGGUGAUGAUUCAAACGAGUCAGUGGCUCCUUCGACCGCCAAGAGGCGCAGGGUAGCAAGGCCAGCCGUAGUUUCAGAAAGUGAUGAAGUUGACUCGGACGAACCAUUGGCCUCCUCGCCAGUGAAGAGGCUCCGACGUGGAAAAGCGAAAGAAAGUCCCCAAGCCCCCCACACCCCCAGGCACAUCUCGCAGCAGGCCAGACUUGAUAUUGCAGAGGAUUUGGAGGACCUUCAGGAUUCGGUUGUUAAGAAAAAUCGAACUCGCGGCCGGAAUGUCGAAUCUGCCCGAGACAAAAGAAUGAAGCACCUCGAAGCUUUGCGCCGCAGACGGGCUGGUAUGAAAGAUGAGGAAGAGGAACAAGAAGAUGAGGAAGACGACGAUGAUGAAGAAGAAUCCGAUCCAGAUGUGCAGGAGAUUAAACAACCCUCUGUUCGUAGCCUCUGGCGACAUGACGACGGUGACAGCGACAUAGAAUCAGCCAUUGACCCCAACGAGAACCUCGAUCGGUACGAAGAUGACUUUGUCCUAGAAGAUGAGGCGAACGACCUUGGCGUUCCCACCGAGGAGCUCCCCUUCGAGUUUACCCGACAUGCAUAUAAGCAGCCGAAGGAAUACUUCCGCGACGUCAUCGGCUGGAUGGUGCAAAACAAACUGAACCCGGCCUUCCCUCGCUCUGACGACAUGUACAAGAUGGCAUUCAUGAAGCUGGAAGAUGAAGUCAAGGGUCGGGCCGGUUCACAGCUGAUUUCUUCAGUUUGGAACCCCAGUUUCAUAUAUGCCCUCCAGGCCCGGCCGCACAUGGAGGUCGAUACCUUUCCUACAGAGGAUAACCAUCCCUGCGAUGCUUGCAGGCGCUCUGGGCAUCCCGCGUCUCGAGAGAUGAAACUCUACGGAAAGGCGUAUUCCCUGCAAACGUUAGAGCCACUGGAAGAUGACAGCGAUGAGGAUUCCAAUAACGACGACGAUGGCAAUGAUCGGGACCGGGAUGGCCAUGUCAUUCCUCCUGAGAAUGUCCGGUACUACCUAGGAAAACAAUGUAAUGCGAGAGCGCAGCUCACCCACACCCUUACUCACUGGCGCUACCAUCUCAAUGAAUGGGUCAUCGACUUCCUGGAGCGUACAGGCCACAUGGAUGCCGACGAGAUCCUCCGACGAAAUGAUAUGAGCGUCAAGCGUAAGACGCGAAAUGCAAAUGAUGUCCUUGACAGCAUGACUGGAAGUGGUGAAGUCGAUAAGUUGUGGCGUGACUUCCACAUUAAACUCAAGUCUGCCCGCGAGAAAGAGUCUAUCUACGGAUGA